AUGAACUGGGUGCAGAUACGUUUGGAUAAACUUUGGCGAAUUUGGCAGUCUCAUUAUCUUCUGGCAUUGAGAGAAAGGACGCAGAAACCUCUUGCCAAGGAAAAUUAUAUUCCUAAAGAAGGAGAUAUAGUUUUGCUAGGCGAAGAAGAAAUCCCCAGGAGCCACUGGAAAUUGGCGCGUAUAGUCCUACUUAUUAGGGGGAGAGACGGGAUUAUCCGAACUGUCAAAAUUAUGAUUAAUGGAAAAAUUUUUAAGCGAAGUAUAAAUGUUCUAUUUCCUUUAGAAAUACAAGGCAACAACUAUAAAAUGGAUAACACUAACGUGAACUUUGUUGGAGUGGCUACUAUUGAAUCAAGCCGUCCGCCCAACAAGAUUAUUGAACUUGACACUUGCCAUUCUUCUAAAUGGGAACGACGCAACUCAGCAACCUCGGAUGAUAGCACUUAUACCAUGCAAAUCUCUGAAGAGCAGCCACAACGCAAAUUAUCAUCUGGAAAAAGCCCAGUGCGCCAGGAAACAAAAAAUCAAGCUACUAAAAACAAACAUUUUCCCACUCUGCCUGCUAAUUACAAAAUUCCGCGGAAACAAUUUAAGCGACCAAAAAGACUGGCCAUCUCUGGAUUAAAUGCGCUCUUCAAAACUCUUGGUGCCGGAAAAUAUUCUUUCCGUGACGGACAACGAAUUGCCAAACUAGAACGAGAACGAAUAGCAAAAUGUAAUAAGCCUACGGCGCGUAAACAGAGGGAAUCCUUACGCCAGAAAAAUGCUCUUAACAGAUACAAUGAAGAAUUUAAGAAGAAUUACCGAAAAGAAGACUAUGCGGGCAAAGAAAAGACAGCAAAUACAAGUCUAGCUACCAUCGCAUGGGACGAAGAAUUGGCCAAACGACAAGAUAAAGACAAGGAAAUGGCUGCGAGAAGAGAAGCUCAAAGGGCAAGGAGGGAAAUGGGGAUUGGGAAAUCCCCACAAAAUGAAAAUGAAAUCCCUACACCGCCUGUGCCUCCGCCGACUAAGGCCCCAUACAACAUUUUUACGAAUUGCCAUGGAAUCGAACAUAAGGACUGCUUUCAUUCAAGAGAAGUGUCCUUCAAUGCUCACAUGCGACCAAAGGCUAACAUUUUCAACUUGCCAAUAAUGUUGAAUAUUUUGCAAAUGGUCAUUUUUGACUGGAUCUUGCGGCAAUAUAAAAGGCCCAUGUUUAUGCUUGAGACUUGUGAGAAACUUCUUUCAAAAAAGGAUGACAUGGUCUAUUUACUGCUACAGUUUUGGGAUUUGAUCAAGGCAGACCCAAAGAAGGCAAUUAAAGACAAAACAAUAAAAGAUAUACUAGACACCAGAAUUGCAAAUUGCCAUGUCCUUAGAAAAAUUUGGGAAGAAAACUCUUAUGGAGCAGUACAACUGGAAGACCCGCCAGAAUCCAACAAAAUUCUUACUGGGCCUUAUAACUGGCUAAUUUGA